AUGUCAUCAUCAUCUAGAGGAAGAUCCAUUUUAUUAAAUACUUCCAGUGGAACCAAUACCAAUGUAAAUACAGCUACCAAUGUAACACCUAAUAUCCAAAUUGUAGAAAGUGAUAGAUCACUAUCACCGACCAAUAAUAUCAAUAAUACAACACCACUUGACACCAGUAUCAGCAGAGUAUGUAGCGAGUCUAGAAGCCGUAGUAUUAGCCGGAGUAGAAGUUUAAGCUCUAUAUUCAACCAACAAAGUUUAAAGUGGACGAUUAUUAGAAGAAAUCCCGCCGAAAGAUUAAACACUGAAGACAUUGCUGCUUCGAAUACUAAUAACAUAGGCAGCAGCAGUAGCGAUCUACUUGAUGAUGAAAGUGAUGAAGAACAAGUAAGCGACGUGGAAAAUGAGGCAGAUAUAGAUGCUAAGUUGACUUACGAGAUGGGAUCUCAAGUGUUGCCUAAUUUCGAAAUGAAUUUAAACAGAAUAGUAGAAAAUUCAAAACCGUGGGUGGAAGCAUAUAAAGCAGAACACAAGAAUGUUGCUGAGUUGAUAGACACUCAAGAAUUACAAGGAGGAUGUAAUAGAGCGAGUGUUGUAAUUGGAGGGAAUGCUCUUGAUUCUCCUGAAAAUACAAGUGGCAAAUCUUACAUAGUGUUUCACGAUCUAACACAAGAAUGCCAAUAUGCUCUAACUUACACUUUUGGGGCUGUUUUGAAUAAGAAUGACACAGUGUACAUUUUACACACCGAAUCUAGCGGAAGCGGUUCAAAAUUACAAGAGAAUGUUUUAAAAAUUUUUUAUCAUGUGAAAUUUCUAUUCGACAAUUUUCAUACGUUGGAAGAAAAGGACAUCCAAGUAGCUAUUGUAUCUGUAGCACACCCAUAUCCAAAACACUUGUUGAAUACAAUGGUUUAUUCAUUGUCACCCACUUUAAUUAUUGUAUCCUUGAGUGUUAUCCUAGGCACGUUGUCGAAUUACAUUAGUACUGUACCAAUGUUGGUUGUUCGUAGAAAAUUGAAAAAAGUCAAGAAACUAGGAUUAUACGAUUGA